AUUUUCUUUCCGGCUAACUUCAGAAGAAAAAGAGAGCUCGAGAGAAAAUGGCUUCUAGUUUGGAAGAGGCCAUCUUGCAAGCUGAGCAAGUGUUACAGUCAGUUGAAAGGAAACCCAAAUUUAAAAACACUGGUUCAAAUAAAUGGAAAUCAAUACAUCAACGUCUUCAGGAGCUAUAUGUUGAAGAAUGUAACAAGGAAUCAAGUGAUACAAGUGUGAAGAGUAGUACCCAUCUGCUUGAUAAGCUAGCCAAGAGAGAUAAACUCACAUGUCUGGUGGUUAAUCUGUUCCCUGGCAACCAAGGUUUCUCAUUAAUGCUCAGAGGCAAAGAUGGCAUAGACACAGAGACAUUGAAGUUACCUUAUGAUGAAUCAGACUUCUUGGAUUAUCUUGAUGCUGAAGAGCUUCCUCCGUUACUAGUGGAGCUCCUUGAUAAAGCUGAUACAAACAUCUUCUACAGCGGCUGCGUAGUGACUGAAAUAAGAGACUAUCGGCAGUCAGCUACUGGUCAGACAUAUCACUCCAAGCACAUACUACUCAGACCUACACCACAGACAUUGGCAUAUGAUAUCAAUUCAAUUACAAGUAAUGAUCCACGAUGGAGCAUGGAUGAUAAGUUAGCUCUUGAGAGUCAACUUCUGUUAACCACUCAAGAACCUCUAUGUCUUGAUCCAUCGGUAGCAGUAGCCUGUACUGAGAAUAUAAUACAUCAAGAGAAACAUAGACUCAAUACAAGACCUCUCAAAAAGUGUAUGAAGAGAUAUUCUCAGAUUGCCCGUAACCGCCGAGCUACUUUUAAGUCCUUCCCAGCACCACCUGGUCUCAGGCUUCAUGACUUCCUUGCUAAGAAGAAAGAAAGGGCACCCCCUCCUAAGGUCAAUCUCAAAGUUGGCAAACCGUGUGUUGACAUGUGGAAGCAGAGAGAUUUAGACCUUUCUGUACCCGAUAGCGUUCCUGUUUCCCAAUUUGCAAGCCAUUCAGAUAGACCAAGAGAAAGAAGUAGUGGUGGGGUUAUACCGGUUGAGGAGGUGAUCUUGGAGACUGAGAGAGGGAAUGGACGUCUGCAGCAUGUCAGAGUUACUAUACAGCAACGUCAGCUUGAUCAAACAUAUCAAGGAGAGCAGUAUAUUGAUAGGAAUUACAACCCUAAUGAUCCACAGCAUCCUAGAACUAAUGCAAACUUUACCAAGUUCUAUCUUGGCUCAUUACAAAACGCGCAAAGGUAUCUAAAACAAUUAACUGAAAGCCUGUCAUUGGAGACGAGACAACCGGUGAAGAUAUCCCGGGUCAUGGCAGGUCAACCUCCUCAGCUGAUACAGAACCCUGCUUACCAAUCACACCAACAACAGGGUUCUAGGGGAUCCACUCAGCAGCAGCAGCAGCAGCAGGGGGGUACGACAGGUGCAGGAGGGGGUGGUGAUGCAGGUGCAUCGGUAUCAGCCCAAGGGGGCCGUACUACUACUACUGGUGGCAGUGCUAGCAUGGAUGCUAGUAACUUGCAGCAGAAUAAUAAUAGUAACAAUCAGAUGGGAGCAGGGGGUGACAUGGCUCCAUUAGAUGCCAAGCAAUCUCUGAAACUUCAGCUUCCUUUGAAUGCAGCUGCUGCCGUUAAUAUGAACAACACUCUCUCAAACCAGCUCUCACAGUCUGGAUUAGCAGGUACAAUGAAUUCCCAAGGUCAAAUCAUUCAGAUCACAGGAAAUCAACAAAGUCAGCUACAAGGUCAGGUACAAGGUCAAACACAAGGUCAAACAGCAGGGUCAAACGUUGCUGUCCCUAGCCCACGCUUGCCUGGUAUGGGCAGACAACCGCCUGCAUAUCUCAAUAGGGCAAACAAUAACAACAAUGCUCAGCAGGAAAUACUCCCUUCUCCUGUUGUUACACCUACAUCUAUGCCAUCAACACCUCCUGUGUCCAUGUUUAGUGCCAGUGUAGGGGCACAGCUUCGACAAUUGAGGGCGCCCUUGUCUAACCCUCAGCAGCCCCAGAGGCCUGUUGCUACCUCUCGUCCUCUCCCUCCAAUCCUUGGGCGUCGUUCGUCUGGUUUAGACGCCCGUCAGGUUCUGGCUGCGGCUGCUCAUUCAGCUAAUCUCCCAGGUUCUAUGGGACCUCCUCCUACACCCCCACCCUCAACCACACCUUCCCUUCAACCAUCUGUUACCCCUCCACCGGUCCAGGGUAGGACUAAUACCCCCUCUCCUCUUGGAACUGGAUCAGUGACAUCUACCAAUCAGAUGGCUAUGACAAUUGCUAUGGCACUGGUCAACUCUCAACAAGGAGGAAUUCCUCAAUCAGGGAACACUAGUAAUAUCAUCAACACUCCUAUCGGUGUCAUGACAACCCUCCCUGGUUUCUCACCCCAUCAGACCGGUGGAAUGAUACAGCUAUCAUCCUCCUCGGCUAACUCUAACAAUGAUGUCAUCACAGUGGUAUCCUCAGGGAUUUCCCCAGCUACGACAUCACAGUCUGGUGUUAUCCAAGCUCCUGCUAAUGUCUUAACCGGACCAAUCAACAUCAUCAGUGGUGGUCAAGGUCUUAUAGGUACGGGAGGUCAAGCUGUGAUAGCCAAUGCUCAAGGUCAAGGGAAUAACCAGCUGACUCCAGCCAAGCUAGCCCAGCUGAUGACAAUGAACCUAAAGAAUACAACAUUGAGAGCUGCAGCAGCACAGACAGCUGGACCAGGGGGAGGAGCUGGAGCAGGAGGCAGUGCUGCAGGAGGAGCAGGAAACAAUCAAGCUCAGCAAAUAUCUCUCCUUCAGGGCCAACAACAGUUGCUCUACAACACUGCCAUUCAACAACGCCAAAUAAAUCCAGCAACUCUUCAACAACUGCAGCAACAGUUACAGCAUUUAGCAGCACAGAAUCAACAGCAGCAGCAACAACAGCAGCAACAGCAGCAGCUCUCAGGGUCACAAGGCCAGGCUACAUUCCAACAGCUAACUGCAUUACAGAAGCAGCAGCAAGCCCAAGCCGCUUUCCAGAAGCAACACCUUCUCAGACAACAGCAGCAGCAGCUCCAACAAUUACAACAGCAACAACAACAACAGCAGCAGCAACAACAACAGCAGCAGCAACAGCAGUUGUUGAAAGGAAAAGGUAAAAAGCAACGAGCAACACCUACUCCUCCACAAUGAAAUCUUAGACUAUAUUUAUACAAAGAGCCUGAACCUUAUUAUGUACUUUUAACUUCUAUUGCAUUCACAGCCAGUAGCCUGGACUAACCAGAGUUUAGUGCAUUUUCUUGUUAAUUUUUUCCAGUUGGGAUUCAACUUCAUUUAUAUGUGCACAGCCCAAUGCAAGUAAUGUAGAUGAAUUUUAUCAAAGCUACACUCUCUCAGUGGAUAUUUUUUUUGCAAGACAGAGCAAACUCAAUACAAAUAGGCACCUUGAUCCUUAUUUGUAUAUUUGUACUCAUAAAAUUUAACAGUGCCAGUCAGUUUUACUCAAUAGGCAUUUAGAGAGAAUGUGUUAAGGCCUCAUCUAUCAAGUAUAUGACUGGUAUCUUCUGAAAUACAAGAUGAUUUACCCUGAAUUUCUACAGCAGCAAAAUCACAGAUCACUUGGCCCAUGUUUUUUUUACCAUGUCCUUCAAAUUUGUAUGCCUCCAUGAAAGAUCAUAGAACUGAGUGAUAUUGUCCUAUGGAGGCUGACAUGUGACCAGUUCAAAGUGACAAUAAUGGUUACAAUAUUGAGCACGGAUAUCACCCUGUUGUAAUAUCUGGGCCUUGUCUUACAAAGAGUUGCGAUUUAUCUGAUCAAUUGUAAUUAUGGAUGGCCAGCAACGUCAACAUCUGUAAUGCA